AUUUGCGGUCCUUUUAGACUUGCCUUGUGUGCUCGUGAUGCCGCUUUAUACUAAGAGCAGACGAUCAAAAUUGAAGCCUAAAGCUAACGCACCACCUUGUUCUGCCUCAAGAUGCUCUUCAAAACCUAAGGAAUGUCGAUUCAUAAGCCCUUCGGAAGAAAAGUGUAUAUGUCUCUCCAGACAGUCCUUCUUAUUCAAAGCUGGUACAGACGAAAUGUUGCUCAACUUGAAGCCAGGCGACGUUGUGCUUGGCAAAUUUAUCAGGCACUCGAAUAUGCAGAUGAACAAGAUCACAUACAAGUAUGCUUCGAGUCAAUUUUUGCAAAACCUCUUUCACAAGUUCUUUAAUGAUUCAACGAUUCAAGGUGAGGAUUUUCCCCAAGAGUUUUAUUCACAAACUUCUAUGAAACACUUAACUGUUGCUGAAACGAUUGAUUGUUCGAAAAAUGAAAUCACAAAAAUAAAUACCUUAGCUACAGUUGCUGUUAAUACAAAGUUGAAUUUUGAGCUGAGCAUGUCUAUCAUUCCCUCUCUUAUGGAUGAUCUUUUAAUUGGA